AUGCCGGAGAGAUUCCUUGACACAUCCAUCGACUAUAAGAAUAAUGAUUUCCAGUUCAUCCCAUUUGGAGCUGGACGAAGGAUCUGCCCAGGCAUGAAUUAUGGGCUUGCUGUUGUCUAUCUCCUACUCGUAAAUUUGCUCUACCAUUUUGAUUGGAAGCUCCCAAACCAAAUCAAACCCCGAGAACUUGAUAUGUCGGAAGAAUUUGGAGCUACAAUUGUAAGAAAAAACAAUUUGUAUCUCAUUCCCAUUCCCUACCAUGCACCCUAA